AUGAUUCAAUUGUUGGUAUUUGUUAGUGGUUUAGUUUUGGUCUUGUUUUUAUCCUUCAACCAGGGCAUUGUUAUUAUCAAAAAGUAUUUUGUCGGUAACAAGAGUCCAAUAAGAGAUAAAGAAAGAACGCUUUCAUCAUCGUCCAAGGUGAAAGUAGAGACAAAUAAAGGAGUUUACGGCAGCAAUGAGUCAAUCCAAGAACCCACGCCAUUGAUGAUUACUCCUGAGGAGGUUAAAACGUAUGACGAUAGACCUUGGAGGCCUUUUAGGUGGCCAUAUCAUCAGACUAUGUCUAUUUUCAAAUUAGACUUAAAUCACUGGCUUGAUAUGGAUAAGUACUAUCACCACUAUAUUGAAGAGAGGAAAAGGAUCAGAUUAAAGUAUGGAAAGGAAAAUUAUGAUUGGUUGCCCGAAGGUUAUGAUGCAUGUAAGGAGUUGAUGGAAAUGGUAAGCGACCAUAUGGUCAAAAGGUAUCCCUUGUUAUUCACCCUUUUAAAAGAUGGCGACUGGGCUACGCAGGGAAAGAUAUUUAGGAAUGAAUUGACACAAGAGGUUUUGGACAUGACUUUACCGUUAAAACAGCAUCCAUUAAUAUUUGUAUCGAAGAUGGCUAAGGAAGAUAUUUUUGUUGUAUUGAAGAGCCCAAAAGAUAACUUGCAUUACCUUGUUGCUGCAGCGGUGUCAUACCCUGGAGGUUCUUUUAGAGUUGAUCAAAAAAUAGGCAAACAUCUUGAUGCCAUUCAUAGUGUUGUUCCGUAUUAUGAAACGAAAUUGAAGAAGUCGAUGGAAAGAUGGUUUGACAAAAUGAGACCUGAAGAUCCAGUUGAAAGAGCAAGUUUCUAUAUUACUUGGGACACAAAACUUAGAGUGAACAAUGUUUUUCAAGUUCCUGAAGUUAACCCAAAUGUGGAUUCUGAGUUGAAGGAAACAGAUUUCCGCAAGUUUUGUGUGCGUGUGGAAAGACAAACUUUGAGACGUUUACCAAGAUCAGAUGCCAUCAUUUUCACUAAUCACCCUGUUUUUUACUCUAUAGACGAGAUGAAGGAUGAGCCAAUGAUUCCUUCAAUUCUUAGGAAAAUCCUUUAUGAAGGUCCUAAAGAUAUCAUAAAGUACAAAAACUUUGAAAGAUUUAGAGAUUACUUAGCACCAUAUUUGGACUCAUUAGUUGAGAGACAAAAAAAGUUGGGAAUCAUUACUGAUGAAACCCCCUUGAAAACACAACCAAAUUACCCUUUUGCUCAUUGGGUCAAGGAUAAUGCGUGUAGAUCAGAAACAGAGGGGUGGACUAACCCUAGUCCAAGUUAUGAUAAGAAACAUAUGAAAACACAAGACUUUCAUAAGUCUAAAUUGGCUUCUAAUGAGUAG